GUUCUCAGACACCAGUGAAGUGAGGAAAAGGAGAGAGAGAAAAAGAGAAGGAAAACCAGAGUGUAGAGAGAGAGAGAGAGGCGACGCCGCCGUGAGCUCCACCUCCGCCCAGCACAACCGCUUCCUUCCACCUUUGCUUUAGUUAACUCCGUCCCGAUAAUCUCCAGCUCACUCACCGGCGCCGGAGAUCCGUUCACAAUCAUCCCUCCGGUGACAUUUCCGCCGGUACAUCGAACUCCGAGCUCUUUCAUGUUUUCUUUUCCUCUGAUUUCUCUUCACAUUGUUUGUUAAGUAAAUUCUAACCAUUAAAGACCACCUGGUUCGUACGCAUUUAUUCCAUUUCCUAGACGAGUCUCUCUACUCUCUAACGGUAAAGUUAGGUUUUGCUUUAAACCUCCUCCUUUUUUUUCACCUGAUAAGAUCCUUUCCUUUUCUUUCAAGUUAUUUUGAUUGCUAAAAAUUCAACAAAAUUAGGUUGCAUUUCCUUGUCAAGUACCCUCCAAAUGCAUACCUUCUCAUUUGCUCUUUCUUUGUCUUUGGACUACUUUGCCCUUGAUUCUUAGUCCAUUGCAAAUUUCAUGUGGGAUAAUGCAUUGUGGACGAAGUGCAAGAUAGGAAAGAAGGGGCAAAAAGGUCCUGAUCUUUUGAUGGAAAUGAAGUUGUUUAGCCUGCUCAUUUUACUGGUUGUAGUUCCCAUUGGUGUUAUUUCUUCGGAUCAACCUUUGAAUGAUGAUGUCCUAGGGUUAAUAGCUUUCAAAGCAGACAUUCAAGAUCCCAAUGGGAAAUUGGUUUCUUGGAAUGUAGAUGAUGACAGCUCAUGUAAAUGGGUUGGAAUAAAAUGCAACAAUAGAUCUAACCGGGUUACGGAGCUCGUCCUUGAUGGGUUCUCUCUAUCGGGACGAUUAGGUCGAGGCCUACUCCAGUUGCAGUUUCUCCGGAAACUGUCACUGGCAAAGAACAAUUUUACUGGGAGUGUAACCCCCAAUUUGACCCAACUUGAGAACCUACGGUUUCUUGACCUCAGCGAAAACAGUCUUUCUGGACCGAUCCCAGAUGAGUUUUACCAACGAUGCGGUUCGCUAAGGUCGAUUUCCUUGGCGAACAACAAGUUUUCGGGCGAAAUUCAGGAUGGGUUGAGCUCAUGCUUGUCACUUGUUGCUCUUAACUUCUCUGCCAAUCAGUUUUCGGGUUUAUUACCUUCUGGGAUCUGGUCUUUACGUGGGCUUAGAUCGCUUGAUCUGUCGGAUAAUCUGCUGGAGGGUGAUAUUCCAACGGGCAUUGAAGCGUUGAAUAACUUGAGAUCGAUUAGCUUGCGGAAGAAUAUGUUCACAGGCUUGGUUCCAGAUGGUAUUGGGAGUUGUUUGCUUUUAAAGUCGAUCGAUUUUAGUGAGAACAAUCUCUCUGGAAAUCUUCCAAGCGCAAUGCAGAAACUUACCUUGUGUAAUAACCUAAAUUUACAUGAAAACUCGUUUUCUGGUCAGGUUCCAGAUUGGAUUGGAGAAAUGAAAAGCCUUGAGGUAUUGGAUCUUUCGGGUAAUAAACUUUCUGGCGAGAUUUCAAUUUCAAUUGGGAACCUUCAGUCCUUGAAGGUGCUGAAUGUUUCUAAUAAUGCUUUUACUGGGAGCUUGCCGGACUCUAUCAGCAACUGCAAAAACCUUCUGGUCACAGAUUUCAGUCAGAAUUCAUUGACUGGCAGUCUUCCUUCUUGGAUAUUUCAACUCGGUUUACAGCAAGUUUUGCUUUCAGGGAAUAGAUUAAGUGGAAGCAUGGACAGUCCUUUCUCUCCGUCGGGAGAAAACUCGCAAAAGGUUCAGGUCCUGGAUUUAUCUGACAAUGCAUUGUCGGGUGAUAUCCCGUCUGCCGUUGGGGGCUUUAACAGCUUGCAGGUCUUGAAUUUGUCUAGGAACUCACUUGAUGGUGGUAUCCCAGCAAGUAUUGGACAACUGAAGGCCUUGGACGUUUUGGAUUUGAGUGAAAAUAAGUUAAAAGGAAGUAUUCCUUUGGAAAUCGGCGGAGCUAUAUCACUGAAAGAAUUGAAACUAGAGAUGAACUUCUUGACAGGAACAAUUCCAACUUCCAUUCAAAACUGUCCCUUGUUAACAACUUUGGUUAUUUCAAGGAACAACCUUACUGGCCAAAUUCCUGCAGCUGUAGCAAAACUCACCAACCUUCAAAUCGUAGACUUGUCUUUCAACGAACUUACUGGAACCCUACCAAAGGAAUUGGCAAAUCUUAACAACCUUCUCUCCUUCAACAUAUCCUACAACCAGCUUCAAGGCGAAUUACCAGCUGGUAAUUUUUUCAAUACCAUUUCCUCUUCUUCAGUCUCUGGCAACCCAUCACUUUGUGGUGCAGUGGUAAAAAAGCCUUGCCCUACUGUCCUUCCCAAACCACUCGUCCUUAACCCCAAUUCUUCUGAUACCACCCCAUCUGGCUCAAUCCCUGAAUCUCUUGCCCACAAGAAAAAAAUUCUCAGCAUUUCUGCCCUCAUUGCAAUUGGUGCAGCUGCCAUGAUCAUCAUCGGUGUGAUUGCGAUCACUGUCCUUAACCUCCGCGUCCGAUCUUUCCCGUCUCGCUCAACAAAGGCUCUUUCAUUUUCCGGUGGUGAUGACUUCAGUCCUUCCCCCACAACUGAUGCCAACUCUGGCAAGCUUGUCAUGUUUUCGGGGAGUCCGGAUUUCAACACUGGAGCCCAUGCUUUGCUCAACAAAGAUUGUGAGCUUGGGCGCGGAGGAUUCGGAUCUGUCUACCGAACUGUACUUGGAAACGGGCGAUCCGUUGCCAUCAAGAAGCUUACAGUCUCCAGUCUUGUGAAGUCCCAAGAAGAUUUUGAAAGGGAAGUAAAGAAAUUGGGAAAAAUCCGACACCCUAAUCUUGUAGCCCUCGAAGGAUAUUACUGGACUCCCUCAUUGCAACUCCUCAUAUAUGAAUUUGUUCCGGGAGGAAAUUUAUACAAGCAUAUUCAUGAAGGUUUAGGUGGAAACUUCCUCUCGUGGAACGAUAGGUUUGAUAUAAUCCUUGGGACAGCAAAAAGCUUGGCUCAUUUGCACCAGAUGAACAUAAUCCACUACAAUCUGAAAUCAAGCAACAUCCUGAUUGACGGUUCUGGGGAACCUAAGGUGGCGGAUUUUGGUCUAGCAAGGCUAUUGCCAAUGCUUGAUCGUUACGUUUUAAGCAGCAAGAUUCAGAGUGCACUUGGAUACAUGGCGCCUGAAUUUGCAUGUCCGACAGUGAAGAUUACUGAAAAAUGCGAUGUUUAUGGGUUUGGGGUGUUGGUUUUGGAGGUGGUGACUGGGAAAAGGCCUGUUGAGUACACGGAGGAUGAUGUGGUUGUACUUUGUGAUAUGGUAAGAGGAGCCUUGGAAGAAGGUAGAGUGGAGGAUUGUGUUGAUGGGAGGAUGCAGGGGAAGUUUCCGGCAGAUGAGGCGAUUCCUGUGAUAAAGUUAGGGUUGAUUUGCACGUCUCAAGUGCCAUCUAACCGUCCAGAUAUGGGAGAGGUGGUGAACAUAUUGGAGCUGAUCCGGUGCCCUUCAGAAGGCCAAGAGUUGUUGAUAUGAAUCUAAUCUUAGUUGGUUUGAACCCAAGUACAAUGGCUUACCGGGGAAGAAGAAUCCGGUUGGUUUAGUGAUUUUUAGAAAGAAGUGAAGGUUUGGUUGCCGGAAGUUUGUGCUUUUCUUUGGUUUUGGUUCAUUUUGUUACCGGAUUCCUUUUCACCGGUUCCACUCAGGGACGUGUUUGGUAUUAUAUUCACCCGAUUAGUAAGCUUAAA